AUGCCCCUCCCUGCAAAUGGUCCGCCUGUCAGACGCAUGCGUACAGACAACACGGGAUUCUCUGGUCCUACAACCGCGAAGGAGAUUGACAAGGUACGCCCAGACAGAGUCAAUUACAGGUCCACGGUUGUGUGGCUUUUCGGAAUACCGAUCAUCUCAGUUCGGUCAUGGGUGGUGCUCACAGAACACGGCUCACUUCUUAUAGACUGGAUGAAGGAGCUCUGGCAUCAAACGGUAGCUGUUGUGGAGGCUGUUAUGGAGAUGGUAGAGCAUGAGGCCUGGAAUAUUGGCACCCCUACUGGCUAUUCGUGUUCUCGGCGCCAAAAGUGCAUGACGUGCGUUAUUCCCGGCCGAGUUGGUAUUUUGUCAGUGGACAAAGACGGAAAGGGCCUGCCAUGCUGUGACUAG